GCGAGGCGCGCGCCAAAUUUCACUUGGACCGAUUGCUCCGUUGCGCCGCGAAGGGGAAAAGAAAAUUCAAAGAUUUUGCACCCCGAACGAGGCACGUUGUUUUCUCCACGAUCGCGGGAACUCGUUCGCUCGUCUUCGAUGAAAAGCGUUCUGAACUUGUGGCAAUCCGCAAGAUAGCUACAAAUACAGUGAUCCGCGUUUCAUAAGUACCGACAAUAUAGAAAGCUACAGUGAUGAUAUAUUUGUUAAGGAAGCAACGUUUCUCAGUUAAAAGUUAAAGAAAGGUUACAACGUCGGAGUCGACGAGAUUCCAAAACAUUAACGAAGAAAAAGCAGUACCAGAGACAAGUAUUUAAGCAAAACUGUUGUUUCCAAAAACUUCAAUUGAUGUUUCAAUACGAGUCACGUUCAGUUUACGCGCUAGAAAAAAAUGAAAAUUCGAUAUCGAUUUUCUCAAAGUAUCUUAUUGCUGCGCGCGUGCAUCGAUGCUCGCAAUAAGCUGGUGCGAAAUUUCAAACCCCCGACGCAAUUGCGAGAUCUCGGUCACAAAGCCGGUCAGGUCACCGUUACCGUAAGAGUGACGACAGUGUCGCAGCUUCGCGAAAGCUCUUGCGGCAAGAGAGAGAGGGAGCUGCAGCAGAAGUGAGACGGUGAUAAUGCAGCAGCAGCAGCAGCAGAGCGAAGCUUGUAAUCAGUGCACGAGAAGCGCGCGGGAAGAGCUUACCUCUGAUGGGCACUCCGCUCUCGCAAACACAUACUCGCGAGCCGACUGGAAUGAUAGGCGGCGUUGCAAGUCGUCGGUCGUGUCUCAACGAAUUCAUCGCGAGCUCAUGGGACAUUCGGGAUGAGUCGCCGUGAAGAGAAUCCGCGAUAACGAGCGAAAAGGAAAACAAAAAAACGACGAAAAUGCCAAAGCCGACGAGUCCGCGUUGGAAGUAACGGGAAACGGAAAUCGAAGGGACUUAGUUGACAAAAGUAAAGUAGCAUCGUAAAAAUGUCAGGCGAAGAUUUCGUAACCAGCAAGCCGGACAACCUGAGCGGCGUCGACAUGGCGGUCGACAUCCUGGACGUGGACCACUUCGCGGUGAGCGCGAUCGUGACGGUCGGCAUGCAGCUGAUAUUCUUCACGAUCGCCGCCACCUUCCAGUUCGACAAGGUCACCGACUUCGCCGGCGGCGUCAACUUCAUCAUCGUCGCCCUCCUUACCUUCUUCCUCGGACAGGUCGGUAAGACCUACGACAGUCGCCAACUUAUGGUGACGAUAUUCGUUUGUCUUUGGGGAGCCCGUCUCUCUGCUUAUCUGCUCUACCGUAUUAUCAAAAUCGGAAGGGACAAGCGCUUCGAUGACCGACGGAGCAACGUCAUACGCUUCGCUGUUUUUUGGACCUUCCAGGCACUGUGGGUGUACAUCGUGAGCCUGCCGGUGAUAAUAAUCAACUCGCCGAGGCACAAAAUACCGCCGGCGCCAAAGACAAUGACGACCCUCGACAGCGCUGGUACCGGCCUCUUCAUCGGCGGACUCUUAGCCGAGACUUACGCUGACUUGCAGAAAUUCGUCUUCAGGCAGGACCCAAGCAAUAACGGCAAAUGGUGCAACGACGGUCUGUGGAGUAUGUCGAGGCACCCCAAUUACUUCGGCGAAAUCGUCGUCUGGUGGGGUAUCUUUACCAUCUCGCUCAACGUCAUCGAGGGUUUCGAGUGGAUUGCCAUUGCCUCGCCCAUUUUCACCACUAUCAUCAUACUUUUUCUCUCGGGGAUGCCGCUGUUGGAGAAAGCCGCCGACGAGAGAUACAGGGACAACGCGGAGUAUCGCUACUACAAGCAAUCGACUUCGCCGCUGAUUCCAAUUCCGCCGGCGUUUUACGGAGAGGUGCCGUGGUUCCUGAAGUGCUUGAUCUGCUGCGAGUUCCCGCUGUACGACUCGUUGGACGUAAAGCCACGCGCCGCCGUGACCGAGUCGACGUCGAUAAGCCUCGCCGCGUCCACGUAGCUAUAAGCGUGCGUCGGGCUCCAUCGUCGUGGCCGACGCACGUAAAACUUGGAGUGCAGCUCUUUCGUCUCUUCCAAUGCUACGCAUUUUUCUCCUUUGUUUUCCUUCGCAGUCUUCCCUCGUCGAUCAACCAUUGGAGCAAUGUCGUUGUGUGCGGUAAAGCAUUCGACUAUUUGCCGAUACUUUAUCUCUUGCAUGCCUCUUUCUUUUCGCCACCGAACAGCCCUAUAGAAUAGUUAGAUUAGUAAUAUUGAAUGUGCCCUUCGCUGAAAGCGUAUUUUUCCUAUAUCGAACGCGGAAUAUUGAAAAAAAGUGCCACACAUUGUGCAUCUUCUCGCGUGGAUCGAUAUUCAAAGAUGACAAAGGAGACAGUGCGUUCGUUUUUCCUCCGCUUUCAACCCAGAAUAAAGGCGCAAAGAGAGAGAGAGAGAGAGAGAGAGAGAGAGAGAGAACUUGUCGCGAGAGUUCGAUCGUCGAAAACGAGGGGAACGAAGAUGAAACAAAUCCACGCGACUCCCGCAGUCGCUCGCUCGAUUUCGAUGCGAAGACUCUACAUCUAUCAGACGAUUCGACUACUAUACAUAGACGACAUGAAUACUUAGAUGCCAAAUUUAAAAACUGCCUGUUAUACAUUCACUUUUACUCUUCAACUGCGAACUGUACACGAUAUGAGUGGACGGUGCGAGUUCCCGCGAGAAGUGUCCUCUCUUUCGCGAGCACGAAGACGAGGGUGGGGAAAAGGAGAAACAAUGUAACUAUGUAUGUGAUUCGUACCGAGCCAGAGACUUUAGAGUAUAUUCAUAUAUUAAGAAACGGUCCGCGUGAAAUUCUCUUUAUCCUCUGCUCUCGUGACCCCCUUUAUUGGCACUAGCAGGGCAGUUCGCGAAAAAUCGAACGCCACGAUGUGUCCUUGCCACCGCUCUCGGUGAUGCACACGUCUGUACCCGCUACCGUAGAUCCAAGAAGCUAAUGGGAUCUCAUUGGGAAUCUUUGUUUUACCGGCGAGCAUUUUGGCCGCGAUCGUUUCGAGAUUUACAAAUUUCGUCCACACGAUAAUCCUAGAAAUAACGGACAGACAAAGGAUUCCUGCAACUUUUCACGGCGGCCACGGUCGUCGUGCUAAACUAAUGUACUGCUGACUCUAUCGUUUAUCGCUUCCAAAGUACACGCGUAAAAAUACGAAUGUGCAAUUAGCUCGAAGCUUCCUAGUGCCAACUGUGAACUAUCUCCGCAUAAAAGAAAAAUGAGAAGAAGGAAAAAAAAAGCAACUUCACCGAACGCCCCCGUAGAGUGUACAAGCGAACGCGUUUGAGGAAGCGAGAGACUUGUUAUUUUUUUUUUCGUUCUUUUUCUAAAAGUAUGCGCGCGCGCGCGCGCUAAACACCGUCACGCACGCUCUCGGUGUCAAGGAAAGCAAUUUCCUCUCGGCUGGAGUGCGAAGAGGAGAAGAGGUAGCGCGCGCGCGCGCGCGAGAACCAUUGUACCUGCGCGCAUCCAGUUUGGCACGAGCCCGGAGCCGCCCGCCGAUCGCGCCCGACGCGCGACGACUCCUGUCUGUGAUAGACGCUCGCAAGUACCUGCACGGCUCGCGCGCCCCGCGGCCAACGAUCGGCGGGCAGCGUCCGUCGCGUGGCCGGACAGGAAUAAAGCGAACCCCCGGCACCCGGUCCCGCGUAAUCGAUCGAUAUCCUCGCGCGAGAAAGAAAGUACAUAGCGUUUAGUCGUGUACUUCAUCCUCGUACAUAGUCGAGAGAGAGAGAGAGAGAGAGAGAGAGAGAGAAGUACGCGCUGGGCGUGGACAAGGGACGAGGGGGGAAAAAUAAAGUUUGAUCAGUGGCCUUUUUGACGAACGUUGUUUCUAACGAGGAAAUCAUAUACCUCGACCGAGAUCGCACGGCUGGUAAUCGAAUUUAAGCUUCCUUUCCGCGACAUCCGUCAAGUUUUACCGAAUGCCUAUCCGGCAAGCGUUGAUUUAGCAGGCUGUAGGUAGAAUUGAACUCAGCAGACAAACUUUUUAAUACUUAUACACGAUAUAAACAACUUCAGUAACGACUUGACAAAAUUAGUUGAAGUUAUCUCAGAAUCAGUAUUAUAAACAAAAAAAAAAAGAAAAAUAGCCGUAGAGAGUAAUUUGGUUUAUUGCCAAGCGUUGUAUUAUACGCAUAUUUCUGAACGAGAGUCGAAUCAAAUGCAAAACCGUUCUUUUGGUAUUCCCAGCUUCGUUAGUGGUUACGAAAAGGCAUCAUCGCGAGGGAAAUAAAAAAAAAAUUUACAUCGUCUUUAGGGCGUUAGACGGACAGCUAAUACGAUUUGAUUUCAAUCGAGCGAAAUAUAUACUCAGCAGCUACUCUUUUUCUCGAGGUAGCGGCCGCUAAAUAAAAGUACCUAUGACACAUAUCUCUAGGGUAAGUAGCGACUUUUACCACUUUACGAUUAGGCCGACCGGGGGAAGCGAACGUGAGACGCGAAUUUUAAUUACUCAAAGUUAUGAUAGCGAGUCACUGUUGAGCCCCCCGAAGUAGCGAGUGUACCGGGUGAUUUUUGGAUCGACGACCUUUCUAACUGUUCACGCGUAAAUCAAAACCUAUUGUUCAUAUAGCGACUCAUUUUGAAUUCCCUUCAGAAAUUUCAAUCGAAAUGUUUAUCCGAAUAAAACAAUUAUAAUUUCUCAUUGACUAUUCGUGAUUGAAUAGUCUUAAUAUUCUUAAUGAUUAACGGCAAUUUCAGACUUUUCAAUCACACUGAUGAUAAUAAUGAUGGAUUACAAUGAUUUUUCCAUACGAUACUAUUGAACAUUGACAAAGACCUUUCUUAUAAAAUAGAUAAGGCAAUUUUACUAAAGGCACUAAUAUUUAAAAGAUUACAAAAAAGUAAAAACGGCAAAACUAGCUGCAGAGCAAACAACUAUACGAGGAAUGUAUUAAAAUCAAACCAAUGAUCAAUGCAAAACAACAUUUCAGUUGUAAUUUAGUUAUAAAUUGCAGCAAUUGUGUAGCGUUAAAAGUGUAUUUUCUUCGCGGCAGUAAAUUAUAAGUAAGUAUCGCUUUUUACGAUGAACAAAAGAUGUAUUUUUUUAAGCAAUCAACAAACUGUUUUCGAAAGAUUUUAGCGGUAAGGAGCGUUGUAUUUUAUGUUGUACCUGCUAGUAUGUAAUUUAUGCAUCUAACGAAUUGCAGUAAAAAAAAAAAAAAAAAUAAGAAAAAAAAAAAAAAUUCUUAGGUCUUAGCACUUCUAGAUGCUCCGUCUUGUUGGGGCUACAUUUUAUAAAGAGAAAGAAAAGUAAUUAAAACAAAAUUUAUGCACACGAAUAAUGAUUAUAUUUAUAUACAACGAUUAAAGAGCUGUUGUAUAUACCAGAAUAUUGGAAAUAAUUGUAAGAUUAACAUUUAGCGAAAUAAUCAAGAGAAUUUGUACAUAACAGCUACACUGUUAAAUUUUCAAACAAAGAAAACAUUUGGAUUCUUGUAAAAGAGUAGAUGAACAUCUUAGAUCUUUCAUCGUUUUGAAAUCUUCCCUCGAUAAUGUAAGAAAUUAGACUUGCAGGAUUUCGCAUAAUCUCCUAAGAAAAGAACUAUGCAACCAACAGCGUCCGAUCAAACGAUUACUUUCUUUCGAAAUAAUACACUGAUUUUAUGCCAAAAAGUGAAAGACAAGCAAGUCCAGAGGUGCAAAAGCGCACUUGAAAGAGUGAAAAGUUCAUUCCUCUGUAACUUGACCUGUAACUAAUAAUAAACGUACCUUAAAG